AUGGGGGAGAACAAGACCUACAAAAGACUGAAACACCAUGUCUGGUGGCACACGAUGAGGUUGGACGCUAAACUGCAUGUCCGUUCCUGUACCACAUGCACCCGAAAUAAGAAAACUAGGAAACCUAGAACGAGCUUAGGAACCUUCCACGCAGGUUUCCCCAUGGAGAGGGUCCAUGUGGACAUACUGGGACCCUUCACACCCAGCAAAGCCGGGAAUCGAUACAUCUUAAUGAUGGUAGACCAGUUCACUAAAUCGGUCGAGUUGGCCGCGCUCCCGAAUCAGUCCGCGGAAACCGUCGCGUACAGUUUUGUUGGACAGAUCCUGUCCACAUUCGGAUGUCCUCUCCAGGUCCACACAGACCAAGGCAGUAAUUUUGAGAGUCAGCUAUUCACCGAGCUGUGUCAACUGCUAGAGAUUACCAAAACCCGCACAACACCCUACCACCCGAGCUCAAACGGACAGGUGGAACGCUUAAACCGGACAGUACUGCAGAUGGUGAGAUGUUGCAUACAGGGACAGGAUGAUACUUGGGACUACUACCUCCCAAUGAUCAAGAUGGCUAUGCACGCAACUGAGAACAGAAGCACGGGAUUCACCCCAAACAUGCUAAUGUUGGGGCGGGAGGUGUUUCAGCCUUUGGACCUGAUGGUGGGUUCACCACCGCCUAAGGCGGAGAUGUCCCACCAAUGGGUCAGGCACCUCACCGAGUCACUUUCCCGUAUACAUGAACUAGCUCGACAACACCUAGGACGCACACAGCGCCGGCAGAAGAGAGAUCACGACUCAAAACUGACAGAACAUAUUUCGGGUGGGAGACAUAGUAUACAAAAGGGAUUCAUCCACCAAGGUCGGGAGGAGCUCCAAGCUCAAGCCGCCAUGGCUAGGACCAUAUCUAGUAGAAACAUGCAAACAUCCAGUCUACAAGAUCAGGAACCGAAGAGGGGCCAAGUAUUGUCACCACGAUCGCUUAAAGCUCUACGCGGGGGAUACGUUUCCCAUAUGGCUACGUCGCCUAAGACACAACCUCCUACCGGAGGCCGCGUACGAUGA